AUGUCUCAGUCCCAGGGCCCGGCUUUUUCAGGCCCAGAGUGGCCUCACAUGAGAGAGUGGCUCGACCAGGUGCUCACAACUCUCUGGGGUGGAGAGGAAUACCUGCCCCAAAUGCUUCAAGAGCAGAAAGAUAGUAUUCCCGCCCUUACCCUCGGGCAUCUCGCAGAUGUCUAUAUACUCGCUUUAACUAACGAUAUCGAUCGUAAUACGCUGUGGGAAGAAGGUGGAAUCCUUCAGAAAAGAUGGAAGGAAAACGGGGAGGUGCUAUCAGCAGUAAUGUGCAGAGCAGCGCUCAGAGAACUUCUAGAGGUUCUUAAUAUCAAUGCCCGCAGCGAAGAGAAACCGGCUCCGUGCGAUAUCUCUAUGAUCCAAGAGCUUGGUGGCCAAAGAAGACACUUCAUGACGAAGUUACUCUCGAAGUUCCUUGCCACGCUCGGCCGAAACUGGGACGAGGAAAUGGCAAGCGUCGCGAAUCUCCGCGAGGCUGGACUGGAUGCGACAAGAGAGCUAGAGAACCGAUACAUCAUCAGCAGAACGCUCCGGGCACCAAUUGCCGGGUUCAUCUUGGUCUAUCAGAAUACGCAAGGCCAGUGCGCCUGGGGCGCUCAGUGCGUUCAUCUCCUCAGGGAGCACUAG